CCAGAUGCACAGAAUUUGGAAGACAGACUUUGCCAACACAUUAACAAACCUAAGCCUUUUUUCACACCUUUGCACAUGUCUUUGGGAGUGAUGGCAGGGCAGUUGCGCUGGGGUGGUCUCAUUGAAGAGGGCUGGAGGAAAGGACCCUGGACUGCUGAAGAAGACAGGUUGCUUGUUGAAUAUGUUAGGCUGCAUGGUGAAGGACGAUGGAACUCUGUAGCUAGGCUUGCAGGGUUGAAAAGGAAUGGAAAGAGCUGCAGAUUGAGGUGGGUGAAUUACUUGAGGCCAGACCUAAAGAGGGGGCAGAUAACCCCACAUGAAGAGAGAAUUAUUGUGGAGCUGCAUGCUAGGUGGGGGAACAGGUGGUCCACAAUUGCUAGAAGCUUGCCAGGGAGAACUGAUAAUGAGAUCAAGAACUACUGGAGGACCCAUUUCAAGAAGAAGGCCAAACUCUCUCCAGAUAACUCAGACAAGGCAAGGACUCAUCUCUUAAAGAGGCAACAAUUUCAACAGCAGCAGCAGCAGCUACAGCAACAACAGCAACAAAUCCAGCAUCAACAACUACUGCAGCUAAAUCAAUUGGACAUGAAAAUGAUCAUGUCCUUGCUCGAUGAAAACGAAAACAAAGCGCCACAUACCCCUCAAAUGAGCCAGGAAAUGGCACCUCAUGCCGUAUACCCCAACACAACCGAGGAGCAUGGCUUGCUAUAUAACAUGUUCAAUGCAUCAGUGCCUGAGGCCUCGAACGAGGACAUACUCUGGGAUGGCUUGUGGAACCUGGAUGAUGUCCAUGGCAAUUUUGGUGUGGCAUGUGCAACAAGCAGAGCUAGCAUGCACAAUUUGGUGUCACCUUUUUGCUAACUGAUCAUCUAGCGCUGUUACAUUUUCUUGGGGUUUCAACUGUUCCUGUUUAGCUUGCCAUCAAAUGAAGUCUCUCAAUCUGGAGCUUUGGAUUGAUGCUUGAGUUAUGAAAUUUUGGUUGUGAAUUGUGAUUGGAACUCUCUAGAUCUUAAUCAUGUACUCCAUCAAUAAGCUUUUCCAAUUUUGCAUAUGAAUUGAGGAGUGGACGCGUCUGGCCUCUGACCUCCACUUCAAGAGCUUAAUUUGCA